UUUCGCAUUCCAUUAUUAUUGUGAGCUUUUUCUCAGCACAGACGCCUUUUCCUUCCUUCUCUUCAUCCCUUUGGAUCAUCCAAAGAAGCUACAACACCAAACACGUUUGCACGAAGCACAAACAGCACUGAGCUUAUAUUCCUUUUCAAAAGCAAAAACAGUUAACUCUAAUUCUCUUAUAAAAAGAAUUCAUACGAAGAAUACGAAUACGAAUUCGGAAUUCCAUUGUUGUUUUUUUUUUUUAAUAUUCCCGUUUGCUCAUGAAAUUUGAAUGAUAGCUCUAUAUACCUAGGGAUUCGGGAAAUUAUUCGGUGUGCCGCGCUUUGGAAAUGAUUGCUGUAAGAUAUCGCCAGGAGGAAGAGGAGUCAUCGCGGUGGUUGUGAUCCGUGUGAGUGGAAGAGGAGGAGGAGGUGGAGAGGGUGAAACGAAGCCGUAAUGGACUGCCGGGUGUGCGUGCCGACAUGGGAUUGGCUGGCGAGGGGCGCCCGCGGAGGAGGAGGGGUGGGCCAGAUCGGAGGGGGGUUCAGCCACGAGAGCGAGCACGACUUGGCGCUCAUGGUCAGCGAUUUCUUGGAGAACGGGAGCGGUGGGGCCGACUCCCGGUGUAGCAGUGACAGCGACUCGGCUCUCUCCGAUCUCGCCCACCUUGCCGAGAAGAUUCCGUUUUGUAAGAUCCCAGUGGCUCAGUAUGAGAGUGACUUGCUUUCGGUGGCUAAUUCUCUUAUACUAUCUAUCAAUGAGACCGACCUUCAAUUUGUCAAGUCGGGCGCAUGUACGGGCGCAUGUAAUGCCAGCUGCAUCAGACUUUCUCUGGUAAAGCUUCUGAGACAAUCUGGUUAUGAUGCUGCUGUAUGUACAACCAAAUGGCAGGGUAGUGGCAAGGUUCCGGGAGGAGAUCAUGAAUAUAUUGAUGUGGUUAACUACACCAGCAUUGGAACCUCUGAGCGUUUGAUCAUUGAUAUUGAUUUCCGAAGUCACUUUGAAAUAGCUAGAGCUGUUGACUCAUAUGAUAGAAUAUUGAAUUCCCUUCCAGUCAUUUAUGUGGGCUCCUUGUCCAGGCUGAAACAGUUUCUUCAGAUUAUGGUCGAGGCUGCCAGAUCUUCUCUCAAGCAGAACUCAAUGCCACUUCCUCCCUGGAGAUCCCUUGCAUAUCUUCAGGCUAAGUGGCAGUCGCCCUAUGAGAGACAGUUUAAUCCAGAGGAACAGAAGAUUAGCAAGACUUGUUUUGUUGACCAUAAGCAGUGUAGUGGACAUUUGAAGAGGCUGCAGUCUCUGCUUCAAUCUGAAAUGGAAGCAGAGCGACUCUUGAAGCCCAUGCACAGCGACAAUAACUGGAGACUGAAGCCUGACAGGCGGAGGCACUCUUUGUUCCGGAAUCUUUAACUUAUACAGAUUUUGGCCUUGGAGAUGAGAGAGUUUCUCUCAAGAGAGAUUGUGUUACGGCUUUCUAUUUUCAAUUCUUUCUCCCUGAUGCUAAAUAAGUGCGGACCUGAACAAAGGGCAGGUUUCAUAUAGUCAUCGAUGGUUAUACUUAUAGCAAUAAGCCAUAUCAUGGCAAGAGACAUUCCUUUUUUCCCUAUCAUGGUGCAGAACCCACAAUAUUAGGUUUUUGAAACCGGUGCUGGUCCUCUCUUACAUCACCAACAGCCAUCAGCCGAUUUUGUUGGUAUCUUGCUUGCCCAUGGUGCGCAUUAUCCUAUAUAGCUUUUUAUUUACUUUUUGCUUUUUCAAUAUCUUCUUGAAUGUAUUCCUUGCCUCUUAUUUUUGUGGGCCUAGGAAGUUUUGUUAUUAUAUCUCAUUUAUUUUUUCUUUCAAUAUAUUUUCCUCACAAAAUUGAGUUGUAUCUCUUUUCCGGCUGUCAACAUGUUGCUUGAACUAUAAAUUUUCCACUUCAGUAAUAUAGUUGCUUCUCAUGGUUGUAUUA